GUGGCAGCAGCAGCAGCAGCAGCAGGAGAAGAAGCCUUUGUCUUGUCCAGCUUGGUCCACAUGCUCCCCCCGUAGAAAGAAGAGAACAGAAGAGAGGAGCAGCUCUGAGCACUGACACAUUGACCUACUCUAGCAGGAAGAGAACAACGGUUGCUGUUUGCUGUGUUUCCCCGUGUGUAUUCAGAUUCAGUACUUGGACAGCUCCGGAGCGCUCCGCUCUCCAACACAUUCCUGUAGUAGAGUAUAGUACAUGUGAAGUCUCCCUCAACGAGACCACAUUCCCAGGGGCAGCCCUGGACCCCCAGCCCCCCUUGGCUCGCUCCCUGGCUCCCUGCGCCCCUCUCCCCCUGGGGACAACGGACAGCAUGGCCAGCCUGGAGCACCAGUGGGAGAAGCAGCUCUUUGAGAAGUUCUGGAAGGGCACGUUCAAGGCUGUGGCCACACCGAGACCAGGGAGCAUCAUCGUGGCCAGCAUCACCGCACGGAGGAGGGUAAUCAGCACUGAGACAACAUCCUGCCAGCCACUCAAGGCUGAUGAGAGGAAUGCCGAGGCAGCAGACACCAAGCUGGACACAACCACAGACAGAAAUGGAUGCAUUAGAGACAUGGGAAGACGCAAACAUGGCAGCUAUCAUCGGACGCGGAGUGUGUUGUUUGAUAGCGAUCUUUCCCCUCGGCCCCACGCUUCCAAGGGGAAGAAGAAGAGGAGGAAAUCGGAGCGAAAGAGGAAGAGGGAAAGGUCUCCGUACUACAGUCUGUCUCCGGUGAGGAAGAAGAAAAAGAAGAAGAAGAAGAGCUCUAAGAAAAGCAAACGUCACAGGUACACCUCUAAAAAGACAAAGCACAGCUCUUCUAGUUUGAAACAUAAGAGGAAGGAUGAUCGAAAGCGCAAGAAAAGCUCACGGAGGCACAUGCACCGGAGACGACGCUACCGGAGGUCGGAGUCUGAGAGUUCCACGUGGCGCUCCUCCAGCACCGAGAGCAGACGUCAUCUGCACAAAUCAGUGGAUCACCCUGCCUUGGGAGGCCUAGCAGCCCUGAUGGAGGAUCCUGGUACAUCACUGGACCACGGAGGGUUUGAGUGGGAGCCGGCCGCCAAGUCAGUGUGUAAAACAACUCCAAUCUUUCGCUCCGUCCUUUCUACCAGCACCGUCUUGCAGUCAAAACCUGGCGGUGAGGUUUUAAACACAACAGUGAUUCUCCGACACACUUUGUCCAAUCAGAGCAAAGGACCACAGGAUUACGAUUCCGGGAACGACACGUCUUCCCCACCAUCGACCAAAACCGGCAUUUCACAGUCAAACGUCAUCGGCGACAAAAAGGUCCUUUGCCAUGCGCCGGCUUCACCGGAGAAACUGAAGUUCAGGGACGGAGACAACGCGUCCGACUCUGGGAACUCUGUGACCAGCUAUGCUUCCCUGUGUAAACCUCUGCAUGUGGAAGGUGGUUUGUCUACUGCAACUUUCAACAGGAACGGCAAGAGUGAGCCGGUGAAGACUUCAGGAUGUGGAGCCAAGGUGGGGAGACCUCAGAAGACUGUCUCCAUCUCUCCGUUGAGGACGGUCACCUCUUCACGUAAGAGGACUAAAGCCAACUCCUCCAGCAGCAGCAGCAGAAGCAGGAGUAGAUCCUCUGGGAGCUCCAGACACUCUGGACGCUACUCUCAAAGCCGAUCGCUGUCAUCUGCCAGGUCAUACUCCCGUUCACCGAGCUACUCAGCUGGUUUGAGAAGGAAAGGAAGUGUAGGCAGUGGUAGGUCCAGAGGAAGAUACUCCAGGAACAGUGAAGACAGGGUCCGAGAGAGGAAGAGGGACCCCAGCUCCUGGGAGAAAGAUGUGAAACACAACAGUCAGAAGCAUAGCGGGAAGAGGCAAAAACGCAGGUCCUACUCUCCCAUGAGAAAAAGGAGGAGAGAUUCACCCAGUCACCUGGAAGCCAGGAGGAUAACCAGUGCCAGGAAGAGACCCAUCCCCUACUUCCGUCCCAGUCCUUCGUCCAGCAGUCGCUCUACCAGCGUAUCCUCUUGGAGCAGCCUCUUCACAAGGAGCCGCAGCCCCAGCCCUGGCCUCUGCCUCAGCCGAUCCAGGAGUAGGAGCCGAGGAAGAAGUAGGAGUUACUCCUCCUACAGGAGCUACAGUCGCAGCUCGUCUUGGAACUCCAUCUUUGGGAGUCGGAGCCGGAGUCGGAGCUAUGACUCGUUGGAUGGUUACAGCAAGAACAAGAACCGGCGCUGAGUUAUAAAACAGACUGAGGAAGAGGAGACUGACUUAUCAGCAGACUGAGUUAGCAACAGACUGAGUUAUCAACAGACUGAAGAGGAGACUGCACUAUGAUUCCCCAAGUCAACAGGAGAACAGCGAAAGUAUGGGGACAUGUUUUCAUCUCUUUGCAUCAUUCCAUGUUAGAUCUCUGAGCGAGAACCUUCAAGCAAUUGUUUUACCAUACAUUGAAUUGCUUGGCAGAUGAAUUACCAUUUGAAUUGUACCAGUGCUGUUCACAUUGCCCAGACAGAAACCAUUGGAAAUAGAUUGAUUGAAUUUUGUCUUUCGUUCAUUUUUGUCCAUCCCCAGUGCAAUGUCCAGAGACAGUUUUGUCUUGUGACACUCUUCCUCUGACAUCCAUGAGUGAAAUGAAGGAUGAAGGAGCACCAUUCAUUUUUACCCUUUGAUAAACUCUUUGUUUCAUAAGAACUCUUACGUUUAAUUUAUGAUCUGGGAUGUGCACUAGAAAGGUCUUUUGGGACAAUUUCAGUAGGUUUGUGAAUGUGUGUAUUUUCAAACAGCGUGUUUUUCAGCAACGUAGAAAAAGGUGGGUUGCUUCUCUGAUCCCAGCUCUUCAGAAGGUAGAACACAAACAUGCCUCCUCUGAGAAAUGGAGGAGGAGGAGGAGGAGGAGGAGGAGGAGGAGGAGGAGGAGGAGGAGGAGGUGGUCCCGGUGGCAAACAAACUGCUUGUCAGCUCAAAUACCAGUUUUAUUUAUCCUCUGAUCAAGUGGAAACCAUUUGAAAUGUCAUUCCUUGUAAAAUGAUGGUGAAUUAACAAAUCACUCUGCAGAAGACCAGGACUGAGAAAGGCGUUUGUCAUGAUCCAGAUAUCCUGAAAAUGUCCAGGAAAGCAUUAUUUUCCCUUACAACCCCGAGUGACACUGAACAAUUUCGAUAUCUGAAUUGCAACACCUGGGGUAGGGGUUAAAUGACAAUUUAAACACUGAUUCAUAUUUAGGUUGUCAUAUUUUUUCAUUCAUCUUGGUGGUUAUGUAUUAAUGUAUUUAUUUAUGGUUGAUCUUUAUGUGUUCUAUGAGUUCUAUGUGUUCUAUGAGUUCUAUGUGUUCUAUGAGUUCUAUAAGUUCUAUGUGUUCUGAGUUCUAUGUGUUCUAUGUGUUGUAUGAGUUAUAUGAGUUAUAUGAGUUCAAUAAGUUAUAUGGGUUCUAUGUGUUCUAUGAGUUCUAUGUGUUCUAUGAGUUUGAUUCCUUUGACUAAAACUUGAAUAAGAGAGAGUGUUGAAAGGUUUUACUCUUUUGACAGAGAGGAAAUUCAACAUUGGAUGAAUCUACUAUUUUGUAUAACGGUCUGAAACAGCACUCUAACAUAAUUUGCUUGAAUUGAGUUUGGUAAUGAGUUUGGUAUUUCAGAACCUCAUCGGUCUUGUUUUGUUGCCUGUCCGAAGGACAAUUUAAAAAAUGUUUUAGUGUCCUGCAUACUUGUAACGUGUUUACAAUCAUAUUUCUGCAUUUGUGUCACCUCUCAGUAAUGGUAUCUGUUUGUUUCUAUGCAACACCAUUAUGUCACUGGGGUUCUACUCUGUCUAUGAUGUGAUGUUAUGGUCUGAAUGAAGAAAGUUCCAGUUUAAACUCUACAAUGGACAGUCUGAAUGCCAGUCUGUUUGUGCUUUCACGCCAACUCAAUGUCACCCAUUGAAAGUAAUGGAGUUGGCAAGAGAUCAAACCGAUCUGGGACCAGGCUACAAUAAACAAUGUAAUGGCAUAUAGAUUCAGACAAUACUACUUCACUUUUUUUGAAAUGUUACCUUCAACUAUUCCCCUCUUCUCUUUUGAGGGGAAUGCUAUUUUGUUCAGAGGAUGUCCUAUAAAAAGCCACAACCGAGAAUACAGAAAAAAAGAAAGAGGAAACUAAAAGCUUGUGUGUCAGAGAAGACAACCCCAACCAUGACUUUUAGCCUCAAUGAAUAGUCUACUGUAUUUGUUAAAUUAUAUAUUAUGUGGGCUCGUAGUGCACUGUUUGAAUAAAAUUAGUAUUUAGAACCGCUGUUCCUGCCCGUACUGUAUAUCAUUGAAAUGGUUUUAUUUCUGUAUUAUGUCUAAUCUGUCACAUUGUAUAUCUUCGUUCAGUGUGUGCUCCAGGCAAGAGGGUCUGUUCUCUAUGCAUUGUACUGUAUAAUCAUCUGAGGUCCUUUAUCUGAAUGUUCAAUGACUUGUCCAAAAGUAUAGAUAUAUUGGGAGGAAGAUGACAAGUAUUUUACAUGGUAGUUAUGCUUUUAGGUGAACCACUCCCUCGAGGCCCUAAAAUACCAUUCCAUGAGGUAAAGUGUAAACUAUAAAAUGUAUAUGUAAUUACUGUGGUGUAAAUAUGCAUCGGCACUGUAUACAUUAAUUAUAUGAGGGAUGAAGUAUAAUUAAUUUAGAAUUUGUGGAAUAGUCAAUCAAAUGAUCAAUGAAUCUACACAUGUACUGGUAUGGUAAACUUGGUAAACACAUGUACUGGUAUGGUAAACUUGGUAAACACAUGUACUGGUAUGGUAAACUUGGUAAACACAUGUACUGGUAUGGUAAACUUGGUAAACACAUGUACUGGUAUGGUAAACUUGGUAAACACAUGUACUGUGUGUAGAUACAUUGCCUCACUGUUGUCAGCUCAGCUGUAAGCGCUCUGAUUUUCCAUCACCAUUACUAGGCUAUAUGAUGUGUUUCUAUAAUGGCCAUUGAACUUCUACUGAAAGAAAAAUAAUCGAGUAUCAAGGCACAAGUCGUGACCAAAAUGCAGACACAGGAGGCACAUGGUUGGAGUCUUACAAUGUUUAUUAAUCCAAAAGGAGUAGGCAAGAGAAUGGUCGUGGACAGGCAAAAAGGUCAAAACCAGAUCAGAGUCCCAGAGGUACAGAGUGGCAGACAGGCUCGUGGUCAAGGCAGGCAGAAUGGUCAGGCAGGCGGGUACAGAGUCCAGAAACAGGCAAGGGUCAAAAUCGUGAGACUAGAAAAAAAUGAGAAUAGAAAAAAGUAGGAGAACGUGGGAAACCGCUGGUUGACUUGGAACAUACAAGACUUACUGGCACAGAGAGACAGGAGACACAGGGAUAAAUACACUGGGGAAAAUAGGCGACACCUGGAGGGGGUGGAGACAAUAACGAGGACAGGUGAAACAGAUCAGGGUGUGACAGCGAGCCAAGAAAGCAUUUGGGAAACUGGGGGGGAAUUGAGAAAUAUUGGAAACUAUAUCAGUGGGUUAUAUAGGUCUUUGUGCUUGAACUCCAUGCCUGAUCAUGUUGAAAACAGAAGGUUAAAUAACAAGGCGCAUGAUAAGACUGAUGCUCCAGUGUGUUAAAUGAUGCAGUCUCUCAUUUUCUCUGUGAAUGAGCAAUAAUGUGGAGAUGGAGAGCCAGGAUGCGUUUUCCCACUGGCACACAGCAGGGUGUCAGUGUGAGCUUGACUUGUUGUAAUGCUUCAGCUGAAAUCGGAUUGUCCUCCCCUUGAACCCGUAAAAUAAACCCUUAUCCCUCCCCUUCCCAUA